GGAAGCCGCCGCGCAGGCGCAGAGCCCUCGCGGGAGGGGGUGCGGGAGGGGAGCCCCCGCAGGGGUGUGUGUGGGGGGGUGUUAUCUGCUUCCUCCUCGGGGCCGGUCGCCCAAGAAGGUAGCAGCCAGCCAGCCUCCCCUUGGGAUGGGGCUCGGAGCAGAAUCACCACCUGGGCUGCUGCUGCUGCUUCUGCUUCUUCGGGGUGCCAACAAGGCAGAGUUUGAGGAAGAGGCCAGGGAGGAGGGGGAAGCAGCAGCAGCAGCCGGGGGAUGUGCCCCCGGGGCCCUCGCUGGGAAGUAGAUCCAGGGUGGUGGGGUGAGACCUCGAGGGAGACCCAGGCCCACACUGUCCCCCCCUAUAUUUAAGUGUUUUAGAAGGAAACCACCCCCCCAAAAAGAAACCAGGGCACAGUGGGGCCGUGGGAGGGCCAGCAGCAGGAGAUGGGGGGCAGGCAGCAGGUGAGAGGGGGUGUUGCUGCUGCCGCCGCCUUCUCCGCAGGCCGGGCCCUCCUGAAGCAGCUGCACCAGGCCUUCCUGAGGGGGCUGCUGCCCGCCCGGGGCCGCACCGCCCGGCCCAAGGCCUCUGAGGUGCUGAGCCAGCACCUGCUGCAGAGGGGCCUGCCCCACUGGACCUCCUACUGCGUCAAGUACAGCGCGGUGCGCAACGACCAGUUUGGGCUUUCCAGCUUCAACUGGGAGGUGCCCGGGGCCAACUACCACGUCCUGCGGACCGGCUGCUUCCCCUUCAUCAAGUACCACUGCUCCCGGGCACCCCGCCAGGACCUGGCCCUGCAGAACGCGCUCUUCACCAUGCUGAAGCUGCUGAACUUGGGUAUACCAACUUUAUUAUAUGGAUUUGGCUCCUGGUUCUUUGUCAGUGUCACAGAGACUGUUCACACACAGUAUGGCCCGGUCACGAUUUACUUCCUGAAUAAAGAAGAUGAAGGUGCCAUGUACUAAACAACAGCUUCCAAGAAUGGCGACUGGGGCUUAUUGCAGUGGAGUGUAUUUGGGUAAUUUUUUACCAUUUGAAAAGUGGGGAGUGGAUUUCUGUUUACAGUAUAUUCCAGUAAGUGUGGGUUUCAAAAUAUAUCCCUAUUCCUUUUGGUACUAUGUUGAUUUUGGGGGGGGAAAUUGAUAUGCAAAAAAAUGGAGUUUCAGUCCCAUAUAAUUAUUGAAAAAUAAAUAAUAAUAUUAUAGAUAGAUAAUUUAUUUUGAAGCAUAAGGAUGCCAGUGUGGCAAGCAAAAUUAAGUUGCAGUAUGCAAAAGAAUAUCCCAAAGUAUUUCCAUAAGCUCUGGAUGUGUUCCACACAGUCUACAUUUACGUAUUUGAUUUGAUUAAAGCAACUCUAAAUAAAUCUGUAAUCAAAGAAACACUUACCCUAGUAUAUUUUGUACUAAAGAAUAUUUCUAACACAAGCUAAAUAAAUAGUUUACACAGUGGA